CUGAGAUGUGAGACUGAAUGCAGGAAAGAAGACGAUGGUACGUAUGUGACUCAAGUUGGUGAAAAAGCGUCCAUUGAUAUUUCGUUUGUGGUGUCGAACAAUGGAGAACGUGCCUAUGAAGCGAUGUUAUUCAUUGAGUAUAACUCAGAUGAAUUGGAUGUACCCGUUCUGAGCAAGAAGGGUGGAUCUGUGAAUCUGAAGGGUUUCUUUGAUAAUCUCGUAGUUCUGUCGCUUGGUAAUCCAAUGGAACCAAAUAAAAAGGUAAGCGUUUUGCUGCUUUCAUGA